GCGCGGGUCGUCGAGGUGGCCUGCAAAGGCGGAGAGUUGUGUGGUCGCCAUUUUGUUGCUUGCGGAGCAGCCUUUUCCCGUAGGUUGGUUCCGGCGGGAAGGAGAGCCGCUCUGCCACCGUUGUGGGUGGACGAGACUGACGAUCGUGCGCGGAGGCGAGAGGCUGUGGAGCUUGGCCUGUUGAAGCCGUAGGGCUUCAGACAGACACAUUGUUCGUUUGUUUCUCUGACGGCAGUAGCGGAGCCAGGGCUUUCUCCGGAUUCAUCUCGGUUCCGGGCCUGUUAAAUUGAUUUCUCAGACUUUUAUCAGGCCUACCAAGUGAAAACAGGUGAUUAUUGCUGUGGGUUGAGCUCAGAAUGGCAGUAGUCAUCCGUUUACAGGGGCUUCCUGUUGUUGCGGGUUCUGCAGAUAUUCGCCAUUUCUUCUCAGGAUUGAAUAUUCCUGAUGGAGGUGUACAUAUCAUUGGAGGUGAAAAGGGAGAAGCCUUUAUUAUCUUUGCAACAGAUGAAGAUGCACGACAGGGAAUGCGCUUUUCCGGAGCAUUUAUCAAGGAUUCACGUAUUGAACUUUUCCUCAGCAGCAAGACUGAAAUGCAGAAUAUAAUAGAAGUUAGUCGGAAAAGAUCUGAUCAUGGUGGGAGAGAGACAGGAGCUGGGUCAAGGCGGACAGGUUCCAGUAAUUCAGGAGUUGGAAACCUUUCAAACCUAGUUGCAGCAAUUAAAAAAGGAUUUGGAAAGUCCAGCUAUGGUUCUCUGGAUCACUUAGAGGAGGAUGACUUUCAUUCCGAUGGCUGUCGUAACAGUGAUACAGAGGUUUCAAAAUCAGCUUCUAAUCAGGCCAAGAAAGAGUCAUUUAACUCAGACAAUUUGUAUGUGUUUAUUCGUGGGUUGCCUUACUCGGCAUCAGAAGAUGAUGUCCUUAAUUUUUUCUCAGGACUGCAAGUGGAGGGAGUGAUCCUGUUAGAAAAUGCAGAGGGUCGACGAAAUGGUGAUGGUGUGGUAAAAUUUGCUACACCAAAUGAUGCCCUGAAAGCACUGGAACAUGACCUGGAGUAUAUGGGUCCAAGAUUUAUAGUAGUACGUCCCUCUAAUAAAGCAACAUGGUUUAAGCAUAGUAGAAAAGGAGAUGAGAAAAUGGAUCAUUCUUUCAAACGUUUUGCUCAGUUAAAUAAUGAAAGUUCUUCAGGCAGAGAAUUUCCCUCAAGAAGAGAAUCAAAUUACAUGCCCACAAGAAAACAGUCCCAUUCAAGGUCUCCUCCAAGGAGACAUGUAGUACACUCCCGUUCGAACUCUCCUCCAAGGAGAUAUUUGGCACGCUCUCAUUCAAGGUCUCCUUCAAGUAGAUAUUUGGCACGUUCUCGUUCAAGGUCUCCAAGUAGAUAUUUGACACGCUCUCAUUCAAGGUCUCCUUCAAGUAGAUAUUUGGCACGCUCUCGUUCAAGGUCUCCUUUAAGGAGAGCUGUGGCAACUUCCCGUUCAGGCUCUCUUCAGAGGACAGCUGUGGCACGCUCCCAUUCACCUCUCUCCCAUUCCAACCUGCCUCAUUCAUCGAGUAGUAAGGAGUUUUGCAUACAUAUAAAAAAUUUGUCUCCUGCCACUGAGAAAAGAGAUUUGAGAGCGUUUUUUCAAGAGCUAGAUAUGAUUAACAAUGAUAUUACACUUUUAAAGCCAGAUAACUAUGAAAAAAAAAGGGAAGCGUUGGUGGUGUUCAGAUCAUAUAGUGAUUAUCAGACUGCACUGAGGUAUCACAAGGAGAGUCUUUUUGGUCAAGAGGUUCUCAUUUUCCCCACUUCUAAAAAAUCAAUUUUGCAAAUUAUUGAUUCUUCAGAAAGUAAAAGAUCAUCAGAAAGACAUCACUAUGCAAAGGAAAAAAGGGAUGGAUACUCUGGUCAAAAGACUUGUGUAUAUGUAAGGAAUUUUCCAUUCGAUGUGACAAAUGUUGAAGUUCAGAAGUUCUUUGCAGGAUUUAAUAUUGAUGACAGUGACAUACAUUUGCUUUAUGAUGACAAAGGGACUGGAUUGGGAGAAGCACUGGUCAGAUUCAGAUCAGAAGAUCAAGCGCGGAAAGCCGAAAGUUUAAAUCGUCGACGGUUUUUAGGAACAGAAGUUCUACUAAGAUGUAUACCUGAGGAGCAAAUGCAGGAAUUUGGUAUUAACAUCUCAUCAAUGCCAAGUGAAAAAAUGCAGGCUCACCCCCAUGCACAUGCCAGAACUGAACAUUUUUAUGGAGUUAGUUCUCAAGGGCCACCAAUGCAAGGGAACCUAAAGCAUCCAUCUGAUUACAGAUGUUCUGAUGACUUCCUGUGCUCACCUGAUCGUUUCAGAGGUCCUCCCCCUUUUCCAGAUUUCUGCAGUGAAGGUAAUCCUGGAGGUUUCCCUGAGGGGCACUACAUGUCCGACUCUAAUUUCCGUGGUGGCUCUGAUCGCAUCACAGUGAUUAAAAUGAAGAAUAUACCAUUUCGAGCAGCUCCUAAUGAAAUUCUGGAUUUCUUCCAUGGCUAUAAAAUUAUACCAGAAUCGCUUUCUAUCCACCACAAUGAUUAUGGAAUGCCUUCUGGAGAAGCUACCCUUGCUCUUGUGAAUUAUGAUGAGGCAGCGGCAGCUGUUAAUGAAUUGAAUGAACGGCCAUUUGGCCACCGCAAAGUUAGGCUAACCUUCGCAUAGAUGAAAAUGUGCUGAAGAAUAAAAAUACAUUUACAGUGUUGCAUUAGAGCCAGAGUUACAUUUUUAUUACUAAAAAUGGGGACAAACCCCCUAAAAAUGUUUGUAAAUAAUUUUACAUCUAAUUUAAAUUUUAUAUUUUCUUCCCUGAACUUUAGGGGAGUUUUGGACAGCAUUUGAUCAUUUCACUAGUUCUAACACACUGACUUGCCAAAUGUGUAUCCAUAUGUAUGGCUUGUAUAUAUAUUUGCAGCUUACUUUAAAUGUACUGUUUUCUUAAUCUGCAUCUUCCGAGCCAUUAGUCAGCAUGCUUUGAUUUUAUGUCUUUCCAUUGUUACAUUCAAUAACAAGUUAAAUUCUAGGCAUUUGGUAAUGUCUACUCCACAGUACUUUCAAAAUAAAUUACAUUAAUUUA